AUGCGGCUCACAAUGCCCAAUACCAAGACCAUUAGAGUCCCCCAUUUGGGAGGCAUCGAUGCCGCCUACCAGAUGCCCUGGGAGUACGAUCGCAGUAAGCCCACGGUGGUGCUGGUGAAUGCAUUUACCACUUCCUCCGAGUUGUAUCGGGAGCAGUUUGAGGACUCCGACCUGGCCGGCCAAAUGAACCUAGUGGCUAUUGAGAUGCUAGGUCACGGCCAGACACGGACAGCUCGUGAACACUGGACUUACUGGGAUACGGCAGAGAUGAACCUGCAGGUUUUGGACGCCCUGGGAAUCGAUCGCGCAUUUGUUCUGGGAACAAGCCAGGGCGGGUGGAUCACCGUGCAGAUGGCGCUUCUGCAGCCAGAAAAGAUCAUUGGAAUCAUUCCUCUCGGUACAUCCAUGGACUGCGAAUCGGAGCGUAGCCGACAGCUGCAGUGCUGGGAUGGCCCGGCAAUCGUGACUGGCUUCGUGAACCAGUGGACGAGCGACAUAGCAACCCCGGACUUUGAGCCCGACACCGCAUAUUGCGACGCACUUAUUGAUGUUGGCUUCAACGACUGUUCAACCGAGAAACGCGACUUCUGGCGGAAGACCAUGAAGGAUAAUUAUCGCGGUGACGAUGGACGUCGACGAAUUCGCAUGGCGGGGAUCAACCUGGCUGAACGAGGCGGACUGCAUCUGCGGGUUUCCGAUAUCCGUUGUCCAGUGCUGUGGCUACAUGGGACUGAGGAUGCCGUGUUCUCCGUGGCCAAUGCCAUGGAAGAAAUUCAACUCUUUACUCAUUCACCGGAUGCACGCUUGGUGCCGAUAGAAGGGGGCGCUCAUUUCCUCGGUUCCUCCCACCCCACGGAGGUCAAUAAGGCACUUGCGGAUUUCGUCAACAAGUAUAAAUGA